AUGACUCUAGUGUGUGUAUCUGUUCAAAUAGGAAGCAUCACCAAGACCAGUCGAACAAACAUUAAAGUUGAAAGGAUUGCUAGUCCUGCUCUGCGGCUAUACAAAGUCAAAACUACGCGAGACGACACAGCAAUGUACUUGAAGCCAAGUCUAGGGGUCAAGCAGGCAGAGUGGGUUGCGCUAACACCUGGAAACUGGAAGCACUAUAUAGAUAUUGCAAGAGGUCAUCACCAGAAGUGCAGGACAAACAAAGGAAUACGGAGGGCGACAGGGUCAAGAAUCCAAGACGCUGCCCGUGCAAUUGAUGGCUAUCUAUUGGAGCGUGGCGACGUCCAAGUCGGACCUAUUGCCCGUACUUAUUGGGAGACCACCCAUACCAGACAGCCUGAAGGUACAGCCCCAUCCGUACCGGAUAAUGUAACUUUUCGCCAGAUGCAGCAUCUUGACUCAAUGCGACCUUUGCCAACGCCUACAAAAACCGAGAGCAACCUGCAAACGAUCACUGUACAGCUGAAUGGCUCGUCAGAUCUACAGCUUUCGUUUAACGUGCGUGAGCUACGAACCAUUCUUGUCUUACCGAAUCACAACCUACUAGCUGAAGGGGUAUUCUCCUCAUUCGACGUCCCAGCUGAACCGACCGAAGAUAUGGUCGACGAAGACCAUAUUAUAGAAGAAGAGUAA